CUUUUGUCUUUUCUUUGGUUGUUUCUCUGUCAAACUGGGGGCUGGGUUAUGAUGACUGCAUGAGGCAGAAUCAGGAACACGGUCAGGAAGUAUAAGCAGAUGUGUUUCCUUUGCGAGACCGCAUUUUCUCAGUCUACAGAAACCUGCCCUGAUUCAAUCGCCUGAAGUUGCAAGCAGAAUGUUCCCCUGCAUGGCAGCACCGGGUCAGUUUGGUCCCGAGAUACGAGAGCCGGGGCUGAAGGUGUGGCGGGUGGAGAAGAUGAAGGCGGUGCUGCUACAGCCAACCGAGGUGGGCGCCUUCUUUAACGGAGACUCCUACCUGGUGCUGGAACACAGGGGCGACCAGGGGGCGGACCUGCACAUGUGGAUCGGUGAGAAGUCUUCUCGUGACGAGCAGGUGGCGUGUGCCAUGCUGGCCACCCAGCUGGACAACUUCCUGGGUGGCGACCCGGUCCAGCACCGUCAGGUCCAGGGCUACGAGUCCCCAGAGUUCAUGAAGCUCUUCUCCAGGGGCGUCAGCUACAAGGAGGGCGGUGUGGAGUCUGGAUUCAGGAGGCCCCAGGGCGGGUCAGGCCCGAUCCACAGGUUGUACCAAAUCAAAGGGAAACGCAACAUCCGUGCCAAGGAGGUAGAGCUGAGCUGGAACAGCUUCAACAAGGGAGACUGCUUCAUCCUGGACCUGGGAGAGACCAUAUUUUCAUGGAUUGGCUCUCAGGCCAACAUCUUUGAGAAGCAGAAGGUGCGUGAGAUCGCCUCCCUGAUCCGGGACACAGAGAGACACGGUAAAGCACGGAUAACUGACAUCAACGAGGGGGAGGAGACACCUGAGAUGCUCAAGGUGCUGGGACCAGUGAUAAAGCUGGCAGAGAGCACUCCAGAGGAGGACAGUCAAGCAGAUGUCUCCAACUCCGCCUCCCUCUACAAGGUGUCGGAUGCAUCAGGUCAGAUGAAGCUGACCAAAGUUUCAGAGAAGAGCCCAUUUGCCAAAGAUCUUCUGGUGCGCGACGACUGCUUUAUUCUGGACAACGGGGCCAAUGGAAAGAUCUUUGUCUGGAAGGGUAUGGGAGCUAAUGCAGAGGAGAAGAGGGAGGCCCUGAAGAUGGCCGAUGACUUCAUCCAACAGAUGAACUACCCCAGGAUGAAAACACAGGUGGAGAUUCUACCACAGGGAAGAGAGACAAUCAUCUUCAAGCAGUUUUUCCAGAACUGGAACUAAACCACAAAUAUUUAUUGUGAAAAGCAUCUCAAUAAAAUGCUUCACAAAGAUAGUAAAAUAACAGUACAAAAAGUCUCAAAUAAUUUCUAAAGGUCAACACCAAUAAAAUGAAAAUAUUUUUUAUAUAUAUAUAUGUGUUUACUUAUGUAUAUAUUUGUAAGGUACUAUCUCCAUAGUGAACAACAAUUUCAUCAUGCCUAUGUCAAAUAAAAAAAAGAAUAAAAUAUACCAGCAUUUAUAAUGUUCUAACUGGAGUAGGAAAACGUGUUCACUAGUCUCUCUUCUAGUGGUUGGCUUUAAAGCCAAGAUGACAUUCCACAAAUCCCAUAAGGUGUAUGUAAUUGGUUUAGUCAUAUGUUGUUGUUUUUUACAUUUGUUAAUAAUAAUAAUAGGGACACGUUCCUAGUGAUACCUGUAUAAGGCCUUCGGAUGACAUCAAUAAAGGAUAACUGAAACAACUCUUAACGCAUA